AUGCAAUAUAUCGAAUAUCGUAGCGACUUAAACAUGAGGUGGCCUGGUGCAGCACAUUCAGUUGCCCAGAAACACCACAAACUAAAGAUUCAGCUGGGUUCCAGUUACUCAGUGAGUGGAAUUGCAGGAGCUCGUGUCCCUGCCCUAAAGAAUCGGAUCACGGGGUUGCGUUUGAAACUAGUUUGGUCAGUGGGAACGGUGGCCUAG